AAGCUUAACUAAUUAAGGAGCUAUCAGUGGGUGUAACUAAGUUCAAUUCCCCCCACUACCAUAACCUAAUCCGCCAAACACAUAGCAACCUCUCUCUCUCUCUCUCGUUGUGAUUGUGUUUUGUUUUGUUGUUGUUGUAUUAUAAAAGGGAGUCCUCAGCACUUAACUCUGAGAACACAAGCAAGCAAUAAUAUUUUCAUCAUCUUAAAUAUUACUUGUUGAAAAGAAAAGAAAAGAAAUAAAGCAGCUAGAAAUUAAUGGAGAAGAAGAUGAGCUCUUUGUCUGCGUUGGCAUUGUUGCUCCUUUGGAUGCCUCUAGCAAUGGCCAAACUGCACACCCAUCAGUUCGUGGUUGAAGCAACCCCAGUGAAGAGGCUGUGCAAAACCCACAACACGAUCACGGUGAAUGGGAUGUAUCCGGGGCCAACGUUGGAGGUGAACAACGGCGACACUCUGGUGGUGAAGGUUAUUAACAGAGCUCGUUACAACGUUACAAUUCACUGGCAUGGCGUGAGGCAAAUGAGAAGUGCAUGGGCUGAUGGCCCAGAAUUUGUGACUCAGUGUCCAAUUAGACCUGGCAAAAGUUACACUUAUCGUUUCACAAUCCAAGGACAAGAAGGCACGCUGUGGUGGCACGCCCACAGCUCGUGGCUGAGAGCCACCGUCUACGGCGGUCUCAUCAUUCGCCCCAAACAAGGCGAUGCAUAUCCCUUCCCUAAGCCCCACCGUGAAACUCCCCUUCUUCUUGGUGAAUGGUGGGACGCCAAUCCCAUUGAUGUUGUGAGAGAAGCUACCAGAAGCGGAGCUGCUCCCAAUGUCUCCGAUGCUUACACCAUCAACGGCCAACCUGGUGAUCUUUACAACUGCUCCGCCAAACACACUCUUAUUGUUCCGAUCAACCCCGGGCAAACUAAUCUGCUCAGAGUCGUCAACUCCGCACUCAACCAAGAACUCUUCUUCAAAGUCGCCAACCACAAGCUCACCGUCGUCGCCGCCGACGCCUCCUACGUCAAGCCCUUCUCCACCUCCGUCCUCAUGCUCGGCCCCGGCCAGACCACCGACGUCCUCAUCACCGCCAACCAGCCACCCAACAGAUACCACAUCGCAGCACGUGCUUACGCAAGUGCUCAGGGCGCCCCCUUCGACAACACCACCACCACCGCCAUCCUUCAAUACCACAACUUCUCCUCGCCAUCGGCAAAGCCUGUGGCCGCCCUCAUGCCCGCUUUCAACGACACCCCCACCGUCACCGCCUUCACCAGGAGCUUGAGAAGCCCCAGGAGGGUGGAAGUGCCCACCAAGAUCGACCACAAUCUCUUCUUCACGGUGGGGCUGGGCCUCAACAACUGCCCGCGCGGCGCCAGGGCCCGAAACUGCCAGGGCCCCAACGGAACACGCUUCGCCGCUAGCAUGAACAAUGUGUCGUUUGUGCUGCCCUCCAACUUCUCACUGCUGCAGGCACAUCAGCAAGGCUUACGGGGGGUUUUCACCACCGAUUUUCCGGCCAGGCCGCCCACGCAAUUCGAUUACACCGGCAACGUCAGCCGCUCGCUGUGGCAGCCUAUGAGAGGCACCAGGUUGUAUAAGCUGAAAUACGGGGAGGCCGUGCAGGUUGUGUUGCAGGGAACGAGCAUCUUCACGGCGGAGAAUCAUCCCAUCCAUCUUCAUGGCUACGAUUUCUACAUCGUCGCCGAGGGAUUCGGGAAUUUCAAUCCCACCAGAGAUACGCCCAAAUUCAAUCUGGUGGACCCACCUAUGCGGAAUACGGCUAGUGUACCUGUUGGUGGUUGGGCCGUCAUAAGAUUUGUUGCUGAUAAUCCAGGAGUGUGGCUGAUGCAUUGCCACUUGGAUGUCCAUAUCACUUGGGGAUUAGCCAUGGCCUUCCUCGUCGAUAAUGGAGUCGGCGAAUUGCAAACCUUACAGCCGCCUCCACCGGAUCUUCCCCUUUGUUGAUUAGAAUAGAAGAAUUCAUUUGCAUUAUUUCCUUCAACAACCCCAAAUUCAGUUAACUACUACUUUUCAAUUUGUAUUGUUUCCCCAAAUUUCGGGAAUAUUGUUUACUCUUUUCCUGUGGUUUAUCUACGGGACUUUGUGUCAUGAGAAAGGUUAAGGAAUCAAAAAAGAGAGAAAUGUUAUAAGGGAAGUAGUAAAAGAAUUUUCAAUUUGUUUGGUUCAGCACCGCAAAGAAA